GAUAUCCCAACUCUGGCUCCUGGAGCGGACUAGGAGGCCAGGUAUGAACUCGUACCGACAGCGAUAUGCUGCACUACUGCAUGACACCUGACUCUGGUUCUAUCAAAUCACACACCUAGAAAUCUCACGAUCCCCCUUCUGCCAACCUGGACUUACCUCGGAGUCGUGCGCCUAAAACUGUCUAAACUCCAACCAGUAGUUUGACACACCGCCUUGAUUGCCUCACCUCCAUCAGACGACAAGACAGUUGGAUAAUUUACAAAUCGGUAUUGACCUCGGCCGCUAAAGUAGUCGUCGGACCCUGACUUGCUAGACUGGCAACCAUAACUUUUUGCACACCACCACACCAAGCAGUGCAGCGCAGGUGGGUUUGCAUCUUGAAUUCCAACAUCACAGUCGCAUUCUGGUAUAAAGUACAAAGUACAGUCGGUCUCAUUGAGCAGCUCCAAAGGCACUGGCAAGCCCAAAUAAUCGGUGCGCAGGCAGGUCUAAUAUCCACCUCUCUCUCGCUGCACCGACAUUGAUACCAAACAGACAGUCACCACAUCACAUCACGUCUUGCGUCGGUCGUCUUUGACAACCAGAUUGUUCAAAAUGUUAAUCCACAAGUUAGUAAAAUGAUGCCCUAGUAUACCCAUUCAAACUAAUAUUUUAUCAAGUGUCUACUCAGAGUUCAGCAGACUCAUUGUCUCUUACGUUGACGAACCAACUCUGCUCGCUCUGACGCGCACCUGCUCGUCUUUGAGAGAGCUUGCUCUUGACAGAAUUUGUCGUGAGGAUUCAGCUGCCCGCCUGAAUAUCGCAAACAUUCUGAUUGGUCAAAAUCCAAACUUGUUCGCAACCACGCUCAAUUUUGCGUCUAACGCUGGAAGCGCUCUGUAUGCGAACUCAACAACAAUAGCCACCACAGGUGUCGAAAGCCCUUCUGGCUCCGCUGACCCAAACACGACCUCAACCACAUUCAAUUUCACCUCAAUCGCAUCAAUUGUAGGAACCCCCUUGUAUUCAGCCUUGAGUCUCGAUACAGCAACAAUGGCCACCAAUGGACCAAAUACGACAGGCUUCACAAGCUCUUCUGGCUCCUCAGAUAACGACAACGACACGCUUGCUAGCACUGACACAGAACCUGGUACUCCUGAGGAAGACAGAUACCUUUUCAAGCUCACACCAGAACUCAUCAAGCGACUUGUCUUGAGUUUGGGCAAAGGCCGCAAUGGAGCUACCCUGACCCGGUUGCCCACUGAGCUUCAACUACAAGUCUUCAGCUAUCUUGACCCAAUUGAUUCCACCUGCCUCAGCCUAACAUCUCCUGCUUACUACGCCGUCUAUCGCGCUAUCUAUGGUACCAAGAUGCCCCUCAACACGCGUCGCCCUGGUCCAAAUGCGCUCGAGGCUGCUUGGGAGGUCGUCGGCAAGCAAGAGUGCAACCACUGCGGAAUGUACAGAUGCGAGCUCCAUCAACACAUCAAAUCCUGGAUGCCCAAGGAACUCGAGUACUGCAGCAUGAAGCGUAACUUUGGUCUCCCAGCAGAUGAUAAAGCCAAACCCAACUGCUUCCGUGGAAAGCCCAGCAAGCCAAGACGCUGUGGCAGACAUCCAGUCAGAACGUGAGUAGUACCAGAGUGUUGCAAUUUGGUUCUAUCUCUUGUCAAUUGCGUUCUUGAUUGUUGUUGCGCUUCUACUGUAUCUGUUUUGAUUUGCCAGUUCCGUGAAGGUUACUUUAUGUUUACGAGCCAGUGCCGAAGACACUUUUCCAUCCUCCUCGCAAAGCUUUUACGGCUCGAAUAAUUUCAUCUGAAAAUAUUGACUCUGGUUAUCCGUAGCACCACCAUCCACCAAGACGAUGCGCAAUACAACCUCUGAGUCAUGCUGU